AUGUGCUUGCACUCCGGAUUGGAGCCUAGAUUUUACGACCUACUGCCCGAGAACAACUGGGAGGUGGAUCUCGGGCAGGUUGCAAAACUUCGUGAUGAGCGCACAGUGGCUAUACUGAUCCUCACCACAGCAGCGGCCCUCCGUCUACCAAUCAUAGCCGACGAGGUGUACGAGGGCAUCGCCUUCCAGGAAGCUUCGCCCUUCAUCCCUCUGUGUGCGGCCGCCAUGCAGCUAGCCCUGCAACAUCCGCCACAGCCCAUGCAACCGCCCUCUCAUGCCAACCAUGCUUCUAACUCGGCUGCAGCAGCAGGCAGCAAUGGGGUGGUUGGUAACGGGGUGCAUGUGCAAAAUGGAAACGGGCCUGCUGUUGGAGGAGGAGAGGCAACACAUGAAGCUGCGCAGAACAAAGAGUCUCCUAUAGCAGCAGCAGCGACGGCAGCAUCAGCAGCAGCAGCGACGGCAGCAGCAGCAGCAGCAGCAGCAGCAGCGGGCAGUGUGCCGAUACUGACAGUCAGCUCAUUGUCGAAGCGGUUCCUGGUGCCAGGGUGGCGGGUGGGGUGGAUUGCAGUGCACGACCCUCGCCACAUUCUGAAGAACGCCAGGGUCAUCGAGUCUUUGGAGCGAAUCCUGCAGUACGCCCCUCAGCCGUGCUCCCUCAUCCAGGUACGGUGUGAACCUCCAGUGCCCUCCUGUGCCUCCGAAUCCUCUUUCACAGGAAGCAUUGAGAAGGUGCGUCACUUACCGCCGCCCUCCCUGCUGUUCUCAACACCACGCCGCCCUCCUUCCUCCGCGACGUUGACUUUUGAGUCGACUCAAAAGUCUCCCCUGUGUUUCUUCCCCCUCUCCUCGCCGCAGGCCGCCCUCCCUGCCGUUCUCAACACCACGCCGCCCUCCUUCCUCCGCGACCUCACCUGCCAGCUGGCAGAUGCCGCCCGCACCAGCCUGUCUCGGGUCGGCGCCAUUCCGGGCCUGGAGUGCCCCAGUGAACCGCAGGGAGGGAUGUUCCUCAUGGUAUGUGGGUGGCCAGUCACUAUUGCCAUUCCGGGCCUGGAGUGUCCCAGUGAACCGCAGCGAGGGAUGUUCCUCAUGCAUGUGUGGUCCGGCAUGCGUUCGUGUCGACCUAGCUUGCUUCCCGUCAUUCCCGGACGACAUUUCAUGGUGCAGGCAGCUGCUGCAAGAGCAGAGGGUGGUGUUGAUCCCAGGCACUGCAUUCCGGUUGCCCGGCUGGGACCUGCUCCAUCAUUCCCCUGUGCAGCUCUUGUUCCUCUUUUUCUCCUCCGUCCUUUGCUUCUCCUCGAUCAUCGCAGUGCAGUCCGUGAAUGGAUCGAAUCGCCGAUACUGGCGUCGGACUUGUGUUCCUGUCCUUCGUUCGUCUUCCCUUCGUUUUCCUUCAUUCACCCGUCUCCUCGAUUGCGAUCCUCCACGUCCUUCCUUUUUUCGUCUCCGUCGUCGCAGUCCAGUCCGUUCGUCGCAGGAGUCGCGGUGGCGACGGCGGCUCUCGCGGCGCGGUACGGCAUAGAGGCGUGGCAGGCCUUCAAAGCGCGACCCGCGGUGCCGCGCAUUCGGCGCUUCUACGAGGGAGGCUUCCAGCCGACUAUGACGCGACGAGAGGCUGCUCUGAUUCUUGGGAUCAGGGAGAGUGCAGCGCAGGAGAAGGUGCGGGAGGCCCACAGGCGAGUGAUGACAGCCAAUCAUCCAGACGCAGGUGGCAGCGACCUACUGGCGUCCAAGAUCAACGAGGCAAAGGACUUGCUCCUAGGCCAGACCAAGGGCAGCGGCUCCGCCUUCUGA